AUGGCGGACUGCCUCGGUAAUCUGUUACGAGCCAAAAUUUUGGCUCUUACAGGAAUAGUGUACGGACUGUGCAGUGUAGCAUGCGUUCUGUCAGCUUUGCUACCUUUUUGGUUCGUCCUGAAAGUGAACUUGCCGUUUACAGACGAUGGUACACAGACUAUAACGAGGUCAAUUAAUUCGGGUCUCUUUUUCUUUGACGAAGGACGAUUUCUCAACAUGAUGAUGCUUGGUAAAGUUGACAACCAGGGCUUGGUUCCACCAAUGCUUGAGAUAGCCCAGCUGCUGUUCCUGCUUGGAUCUUUGGGAAUGAUUGUGUGUUGUGCCUCAACAUUUAUCCUGGCCUGUAGGAAAUAUGCCUCCACUACUGGAGAGCUCUGUCUUGCUGUGGCUACCACACCUCUUACUGUUUGUCUAGUGGCAUCAAUCAUCCUGGUGUUUUUGUCCGUUCUUGCGGACACCCAGGCAGAAUGGCAUGGCCUACCUGUUCCUGAUUAUACACCAAACCGAUAUGCUGGAUUUUACAAAGUACUGAACAUUGUUCCAGAGAUUUCCCUAAACUAUGGCACCUAUGUGGCAUGUAUUGGAGUUGUGUUUUCUAUUGUUGGAACUGUCUUCAUGUGGAUUCAGGCAUGCUGUACCUGCCAGGAAUUUCAUGACACCCGAUAUCACAUGCUAAGGGAAGUGCCCGACUUAGGCUCCAGCCCGAUCCCGGGAAAACAUCAAGCUUUCGCCAAUAUCGGGUAUACAAGAACAACUCCCGGAGAAAUCAAUAUCUAA